CGAGCAUCAGUGUUGUUUCCACUGUUGACCUGAGAAGAGACAGGUUCAUAGGUUCAUCAUCCCGGAACCGCCAGCGGCUUGUUUUCAGCUGCCGCAUAACUCACCAUGACUAAAGAGGAGGACCUGGAGGUCCAGGAGAAGGAGAGGCACGACCUGGAGGAGCAGGAGGAGGGCAAGCUCCAGAAAGAGGAGGAGGAGGAGGAAGAAGAGGAGGAAUAUGAGCUAGAAGAGGAGGACGAGGAGAGGGUCGAGGUGGAGGAUGAGGAGGAGGAGGAAGAGGAGCAGGAGGGGAGAGAGGAGCGGGAAGAAGAGGAGGAUCCACUGGCCGGUCCGGAGUGUGACGCCAAUCCAGAGCCCGAGCCGCUGUCGGUGUCCGCGUAUCAGAGUCCAAUUCAUGAGCCACGCCGCCGGGCCAUGGUGCACCCCUCUGCCCAGGCACCGCUCCCCAAAGACUACACCUUCACCUUCUUCGACCCCAAUGACCCGGCCUGUUUGGAGAUCCUCGUGGAUCCCCAGACCACCAUCCCGGAGCUGUUUGCCAUCGUGCGUCAGUGGGUUCCUCAGGUGCAGCACAAGAUCGACGUCAUUGGCAACGAGAUCCUGAAGCGCGGUUGCCAUGUGAACGACCGCGACGGCUUGACCGACAUGACCCUGCUUCACUACAGCUGCAAGGCCGGAGCGCACGGAGUCGGUGACCCGGCGGCCGCGCUCCGUCUCAGCAGCCAGCUGAUCACUCUCGGCGCCGACGUGAGUCUGAGGAGCCGCUGGACCAACAUGAACGCUCUGCACUAUGCCGCUUACUUCGACGUCCCGGAACUGAUCCGAGUGCUGCUCAAAGCCACGACACCAAGAGUGUUGAACUCCACCUGCAGUGAUUUCCACUAUGGCACAGCCCUCCACAUCGCUGCCUCCAACCUCUGUCUGGGUGCAGUCAAAUGUCUCCUGGAGCAUGGAGCCAACCCCGUUGUCCGGAACGAUAAGGGCCAGGUUCCAGGGGAGGUGGUUCCCGACCCGAUGGACAUGACUCUGGAUAAGACGGAGGCCGCCAUGGCGGCCAAGGAGCUGAUGCAGCUGCUGCUGGACGCCGUCCCUCUGAGCUGCAACCUUCCCAGAGCCACGCUGCUCAACUACGACAACAUCCCAGGAAACCUGAUGCUGACCUCGCUGGGGCUGAAGCUGGGCGAGCGCGUGAUGCUGGACGACAUGAAGCUCCAGAGAGACCAGAGCAGAGACGACAGCCCGCCUGCAAACCACAGACAGCCCGGCACUCUGAGGUUUUGUGGCACGACAGAGUUCGCCAGCGGUCAGUGGGUUGGCGUGGAGCUCGACGAGCCGGAGGGAAAGAACGAUGGCAGUGUGGGCGGCGUCCGCUACUUCGUCUGCCCUCCUAAGCUCGGCAUUUUUGCCCCGGUGUCAAAGAUUUCCAAAGCCGUGGAUCAGGCGCUGUCAUCUGUCACCUCCACCCCCAGAACCCCCCGUAUGGACCUGGCCUCUCGUCUCACUGGGAAGGCCAAGAAGGAGAAAGGGAAGAAAGAGAAGGAGAGAGGGAAAGCCCAGAAGAAGAAGAAGUCGCCGGUCGUCGUCCAUCCGCUUGAUCCCGAUGGAUUGAACGUGGAAGUUGGAGACCAGGUUCUGGUGGCCGGACAGAAGCACGGCAUCGUCCGCUUCUACGGAAAGACCGACUUCGCCCCAGGUGACUGGUUCGGGGUCGAGCUGGAUCAGGCCACAGGGAAACACGACGGCUCGGUGUUUGGAGUCCGCUACUUCAGCUGCCUGCCCAAAUACGGAGUGUUCGCUCCACCCUCCCGGGUCCAGAGAAUCGGAGGCCCCAGAGAAGGCUUCGAAAAUGACAACUCCAUGGUGAAGAAGGUCCACCAAGUCACCAUGUCACAGCCGAAGCCUAACUUCAACACGAUGCCUUCCCCCAAAGACUUGACGUCUGAGAACUCCAUAUCCAGGUUGCUGUUCUGCUGUUGGUUUCCAUGGAUGCUGCGUGCUGAGAUGCAGUCCUAACCGCUCCCUUCUUCCUCCUCUUCGUCUCCACCUGAUCGAUCUCUCCUCUUUUCUCUAUCUCUAUCUUCAUCUUCUCCUUUUAUUUUUGUGUGGCUUUCCUCCCUCUGUCAGCCAGGCUUCUCGUGGUGAAACCCCGCCCCCUAUUCUCUCUUACAGCCCGAGUCCCUCGAAUUUAGCCGUUCUAUAGCAACAUCUAUAGUGCCUUGUAUCCGAUCCCAAUGCCACGCGUUCCUUUCGUGACACUGAGCUGAAGCAAUCACGUCCCAUCUCUUCGUCGUUCUCAUCCCAUCACCCCGGCGUUGUCCAAGUUCCGUCUUUAUGCGAGCCAACAAAAACCACAUGACUUCCCUUUGUGCUGCUGCAUGUUUUUGCGAUUGCUGCUGCGCUAUUUGGACCGCACCACAUGUUGGUGGUUGGCUCCAGCGGCAGCUUCACAUCGGGCAUUAAUGCCGAGUCACAACAAUGACGUCUGCCAAACAGAUCCCACCAUCGCACAUUAUUCUGAGCUGGAGAACCAUUGCUCUUCGGUUAAAUGUGUGUGUGUGUGUGUGUUUUACAACCUGGAUUGAUCUCAGAUGUCAAACUGAAAACAGGGUUAUUCAACCACUUGCUUUUUUGUCAUUUUAUCAUAGUAUUACAAUCAUAUUUUUGUAUCUGUACGCAACAGGCAUAAUUUAACCGUGGCUCUUGCUCUCUAUGAAAUGAUAUUUCCGGCUCUAGUUAAUUAAUUUAGAGUUUGUGUGUUUCAAAACAAAUUUGAACAAAUAGCUGGAUUUAAGUUUUUGAUUCAUCACCUGGAAAAAGAAAAUAGAUUCAGCUAAUGUGGUUGUUAAUAGAUGAAGUUGUGUACUUCCACUUUAUAUUGAUUCAACGCCUUGAACAGCUGUUAUUAAUAAUCAGAGUAUUGCCAAACUUAGAGUUCAAAUAUAGUAUAUUAUGGAGUUACUGUCAAUCACAAUCUAUCGUGAACCAAAAGUGCUAACAGACCCAAAAAGACGACUUUCUUCAAUGCAAGUUCAAAAUCUAAAAAGUGUUCUCUGCCAUGCUGCAUGUGACGUUGAUGUUUUUUGUGUUGAAGCCGUCACGCUUGCGUCUGAAUAUAAGCUUUGUUUAAAUCUCACGGCUCUGUGCCCCCUCAUCAGACAUUCAUCUCCUUUCCUAACGUAGAGACGUAAACCCUGGAUGAGGAGUCGAAGGUCUCCUCGAUGCUUUUCUCCCCGACCCCUCAUCCCUCUUUCUCCAUUCAAAUACGACGUUGCUUUCCUCGGUAAAUGUGGGCGGAGGGUCAAGAAAAACGUGCGCUAAAUGUUGAAAUCUCGCCGCGUGUGAAUUAUUGAAAACAGCAAUAUGUGAAGCGUGUGGCUUUCUCUGUGUGGACGUGGUUCUUGUGUUAGUGGCUCCUCACACACACACACACACACACACACAGCGGUGAACCCGACCGCAAAUGUUCUGGGAGAUUCAGACGUUUCCAUACAAAGUCGCAGCAGCAAGUGAACAUACUUUUUAAAAUUUGUAUUUGGGGUUUUAUGAUUUGAUAAGUUGCUUUAUUGUAAAGGUGUGUGUUUUUUUUUUUUUUUAAGAAUAUAGAUCUUGGAUUUAAAUUUCUUUAAACCAGCAUCUGAAGCCGGUAAACUCACUUCUCUCUUGGCUGCCGGGCCUCGUUGGGCUGCGAUCGGACCGACGCUGGUCGUUCUCGCCUCUGAAAUCAUCGUUUUGAAACACAUUAAAGAUCAAAUGUUGCAAGUCAUAUUUCAGUGAACAGAUCACAGAUCGGAUCAACAGUAACUCCUGCCCUGCUAGAGCUUAUGUCAGGCUGCUACUCAUUGAAUAAGAAGAACAGAAAUGCGUUUUUCCCUUUCAUGGAGGAACCGGAGUUAUGAAACUGCAAUCUAUCCUGAAUUCGAUCUGUUAGUUUGGACUUGACAAAUAUAUUGUUGUGCAACGUUCCUGCAACUCAUCAACGAGGGGAAGUUGAAAUUGUAUACAAAGCGGAUUUUUAAAGUUUUAUUGAAAACACGAAAUUAACCCAAAAAUUCGGAUUUUUCACAUCUGUCUAACUGAAGUCAGACAUAAACGGCUCUCUGACCCUUUUGAUUUAGUAUUCUCUUAGUUUUUGGAACCCAAUGUUCUGCAAGGCCUCACGUUAUCACACUCUGCAGAUGACUCCUACAUUACUACUGUUUCCUGCUUUUCCCUGCCGGGCCUCUCAAACCCAAACAAUAGAGCCUAAUGAACUAAAGUAAAUCCACUCGUUGUCGUCUACAUCUCGUUUUAAUUUCAUACAGAACGUUGUUUCGCUCCAAAUGCGCUGCUCGCUGUUCAAUGCUGAAGCUACACCAAGUCUUUCAUCCCAGGUGAACGUGGAGCUCAGUGAUGGAGAGGUUGGUCUGGAUCCAGUAAACACCCAGUAAACACCCAGUAAACACCCAGUAUACCGUCAACACGUCCCAGUGAAGUCUCUGUUGACCAAAGUGUUCCUACUGCUGUGUAAUCGUGUACUGCACCACUGAAUCAUUUCAAGACCUACACAAUGUUACUCAAGCUCCACUCGUGACAUAUUCUCAUUUGAUUUGUUCAACAGUGUAUCAGGGCCAUUAAGAAUAAGAAUAAUUCUGGAGCCCGAGGGAGAUUCAUUUACUAAAUUCUUUGAAAUUUAAAUCAUGAAUAUAGGAGAAAGAAACUUGGAAAUAUUGUGUUUUUGUUGUUGUCAAAGAACCACAAGGUUGCAAGGUUGGAUGACCUCAUCACAACCUUGACUUGCACCGCAUCAGCUGACUCUAAGCCAUAUUUAUGGUUGUGAGAACUUGCAUGACAAAGUUAGAGGAAGGAUCCGGAAAAGAAGAUGUUUAUGGGUUUAAGUACAUCUAUGGAAAUAAGAUUAAUUUCAUAACAUUUAAGUGUCACGAAGCCACUUGAAUUGAGAGGGAAAUGUCUUUAUUCUUAGAACUUUGGAUUUUUCUGGAAUGAAUCCCGUCAAUGACUGAUGUGUUUCAGUGGAGGACAUUUACAGUUUAAAGAUGUAUUUGUAUCGCUCCUCAAGCAGUCAAAGGGUCAAAAGUAAUGUCAUUGUUUUUACUCUGAAUACUUUGUUUUUUUUAAUGAAUAUUAGCCCGCUCUGUAAUUAUUAUUUUCCACAUACACUGGCGUUAAUGCUGUUGUAUUGAUUUGCUCCAUAUAAAAGGACUGUGCUUUUUUUUCUUUGUUUCACCAGUUUUAACAUUGAAACGUCUUAAGAAUAUACAGUAUAUAGCCUAUAUUUUGAUAACUUCACUAAGUGUACUUUUUGUUCUUAGUUUUGUAGAGUGUGUGUGUGUGUGUGUGUGUGAGUAACUCCUGUUUUAAAGUGAGUGAGGCGAGCACGAGCAUCGGACGUCUUCAUCCUCACAGAUACUCACUGCAUUCUGUCUCUCUCUCUCUCUGUAUUUUCUCGUUGGGGUUUUUCAAUAUAUGUAUCUUAUUCUCAGUAGCAUGGAAAUGCUUCUAAUAAUAACAGUGACAACUCUAUGAAUAUAAUAAAGAAUUUGAUGUUGUUUUU